CAGAAACAAGAUUUGAUCCGUACUAUGCAGUACUAAAACUGACAAGAACGAUAUUUUUUUAAUUUGAAAUGUGGUUUAUAACGGGGUUUUAUGUGAUUUUAAUAGUGAUAUUCACUAAUAAAGUUGACGGUCAGAAAAAGGACCAAGAGGAUUUCGAGUGCCCCUCGGCCACAGGAACCGGAAAUUUCGCAGAUCCAGUCACUUGUAGACGAUUUUAUCAGUGUGUAGAUGGUCAUCCCUACGUGAAUAGAUGCCCGUCGGGAUUAUUUUUCGACGACAUUAGCAAAUAUUGCACUUUCCCGAACGAGGCACGAUGCGGACCCAUUGCAAGUACUCCAGCUCCCAUCACCGAACGACCCACCGAUUUGGCGGAAAAGUGCAAUCCGGCCGAAUGUCAACUACCUUAUUGUUUCUGUUCGAAAGAUGGUACUGUUAUACCUGGAAAUUUAGAGCCAGAAAAUACUCCACAAAUGAUUCUCCUAACAUUCGACGGUGCCAUCAACUUACAAAACUACGACCACUACAGAAAAGUGCUGAAACCAAAAAGAAAGAACCCCAACGGGUGCCCAAUAAAGGGCACGUUUUACGUAUCCCACGAGUACAGCAAUUAUCAAAUGAUCCAACAGUUGGCAAGCGAAGGGCACGAAAUGGGAACUGAAACCAUAUCGCUUCAAACAGGUCUACAAGACAAAGGCUACGAAGAGUGGGUGGGCGAAAUGAUCGGCAUGAGAGAAAUCCUGAGACAUUUCGCCAACGUAUCCAAAAGCGAAGUCGUCGGUAUGCGAGCGCCCUUUUUAAAGCCAGGAAGAAAUACCCAAUACAAAGUUCUAGAGGAAUUCGGUUACAUUUACGAUAGCUCAGUUGGUGUGCCUGCUUUACCAAUACCUGUUUGGCCUUACACUUUGGACUAUAAAAUUCCUCACGAGUGCAAAUCUGGAACUUGCCCUACAAAAUCUUUCCCAGGUGUCUGGGAAGUACCACUGAAUGCCCAUUACAUAGAAGGAUUCGAAGGCGGCCACUGUCCGUACUUGGACCAAUGCGUAUUGCACAAUCACGAUCCCGACGAAGUAUUCGAGUGGUUACAAGAAGACUUUUUGAAGUACUACGACCAAAAUAGGGCCCCUUACAUGAUGGCUUUCCACACGAAUUGGUUCUCAAUCAAAGAACUAGAAAAGGGAUUGGACAAGUUUUUGGACUGGGCACUUACCCUUCCAGACGUUUGGUUUGUAACGACUACCCAAGCCUUAACGUGGAUGACCGAUCCUAAAAGUGCCAAGCUGUUGAAUAACAAUUAUGAGCCUUGGAGCUGUUCCAAAAGGGAAACUUUACCGCCAACACCGUGUAAAGUUGCCAGCAAGUGCGCUUUGGCCUUUAAAAAGGAAAAUUUCACGGACACGAGGUAUUUGGAGACUUGUCAGGAUUGUCCCAAUCAGUAUCCGUGGUUGGGAGACGCUACUGGAUCAGGGAUACCCAACAAAGAUAAUUACGUUCCUGAUAAUGUGUGAAUGUUUUAGUAGGUUUUAGGUAAUUGCCAAAAAAAAAAAUUGAAUUUGUUAAUUUAUGAAAUGUGUUGUGUGCAUAAUUAUUGCGCAGUUUAUAAUUAAUAAAUUAUUGUUUUACCUAA